GGAAGCAGCGGCUGGCCCGUUGGGGAAGAUGGCGCCCUCGGGGUUGAAGGCUGUGGUGGGGGAAAAAAUUUUGAGCGGAGUCAUUCGGAGCGUCAAAAAGGACGGGGAGUGGAAGGUGCUCCUCGUGGACCACCCAAGCAUGCGCAUUUUGUCAUCGUGCUGCAAGAUGUCAGACAUCCUGGAAGAGGGCGUCACCAUUGUUGAGGACAUCAACAAGCGGCGAGAGCCCAUCCCCAGCCUGGAGGCCAUAUAUUUGUUGAGCCCUACGGAGAAGUCAGUGCAGGCCCUGAUCGCAGACUUCCGCGGGACCCCGACCUUCACCUACAAAGCGGCACACGUCUUCUUCACAGACACCUGUCCGGAGCCUCUGUUCAGUGAGCUGGGCCGCUCACGUCUGGCAAAGGUGGUGAAGACACUGAAAGAGAUCCACCUUGCCUUCCUGCCCUACGAAGCCCAGGUGUUCUCCCUGGAUGCCCCUCACAGCACCUAUAACCUCUACUGCCCCUUCCGGGCGAGUGAGCGGACAAGGCAGCUUGAGACGUUGGCCCAGCAGAUCGCCACGCUUUGUGCCACACUGCAGGAGUACCCAGCCAUCCGCUACCACAAGGGCCCAGAGGACACGGCCCAGCUGGCUCAUGCAGUCCUGGCCAAGCUGAAUGCCUUUAAGGCAGACACUCCCAGUUUGGGCGAGGGCCCCGAGAAAACCCGCUCACAGCUGCUGAUCAUGGACCGGGCGGCCGACCUUGUGUCCCCACUGCUGCAUGAGCUCACAUUCCAGGCCAUGGCCUAUGACCUGCUGAACAUUGAGCAGGACACAUACAGGUAUGAGACCACCGGGCUGAGCGAGGCCUGUGAGAAGGCUGUGCUCCUGGACGAGGACGACGACCUGUGGGCCGAGCUGCGGCACAUGCACAUCGCGGACGUGUCCAAGAAGGUCACAGAGCUUCUGAAGACAUUCUGUGAGAGCAAGAGGCUGACCACUGACAAGGCCAACAUCAAAGACCUGUCCCACAUCCUGAAAAAGAUGCCACAGUACCAGAAGGAGCUGAACAAGUAUUCUACACACCUGCACUUAGCUGAUGACUGCAUGAAGCGCUUCAAGGGUUCCGUGGAGAAGCUGUGCAAUGUGGAGCAGGACUUGGCCAUGGGCACCGACGCAGAGGGCGAGAAGAUAAAGGACGCCAUGAAGCUGAUUGUGCCCGUGCUGCUGGACGCAGCAGUGCCCGCCUAUGACAAGAUCCGGGUGUUGUUGCUCUACAUUCUUCUUCGGAAUGGUGUGAGUGAGGAGAACCUGGCCAAGCUGAUCCAGCACGCCAACGUGCAGGCCCACAGCAGCCUCAUCCGGAACCUGGAGCAGCUGGGAGCUACUGUCAUCAACCCUGGGGGCCCUGGCACCCCCAGCCGGCUGGAGCGGAGGGAGCGCUUGGAGCCCACCUACCAGCUGUCCCGCUGGACCCCAGUCAUCAAGGACGUGAUGGAGGAUGCGGUGGAGGACCGGCUGGACCGCAAGCUCUGGCCCUUUGUGUCCGACCCCGCCCCCGUGGCGCGCUCCCAGGCGGCCGUGAGCGCCCGCUUUGGCCACUGGCACAAGAACAAGGCUGGGGCAGAGGCGCGGGCAGGGCCCCGGCUCAUCAUCUACGUUGUGGGUGGUGUGGCCAUGUCAGAGAUGAGGGCCGCCUACGAAGUCACCAGGGCCACUGAGGGCAAGUGGGAGGUGCUCAUUGGCUCCUCACACAUCCUCACUCCAACCCGCUUCCUGGAUGACCUCAAGACCCUGGACCAGAAGUUAGAGGACAUUUCCUUGCCUUGAACCGCCGUACCCACCUUGAACCGCACCCCUCCUUUUCCAGAAAAAUAAACACCUCUUUGCUG